CUUUUCGUGGAUCAAUUAGCAAUAUGGAAACGGAGGUUACAGACACAAGUUGCAAUGAAGAAUUGGAUUUUGUUGUUAUUUCUUCAACCACUGAUAAUGCCAAGCAAACUGAUAGUCGUGUCUCUAAACCUUCCGAGCAUGAUGAUUUGAAUGAAGGCGCUAAAGCCUCUCUUAAUCCUGAUGAACAUAUUGUGAAUGGAUACACCAUGGAAAAUUCUGUAGAACCAUUAUCUAUUCAUCAAAAAGAAAAUGGUCUUAAGGAGCAAGAAGAACCUUCUAUAGAGAAUCCUAAUGUAGGCCCUGGUAUCCCAGAGAAGAAAAAUGUGAGGUAUGUUGCCCGGAAGCCAUUUAGUCAGAAAAACUUGGCUUCUUCCAUUAAAACGGAACAAAAGUCAGCUAAUACUGGACCGGUACAUUCUCGUCUCACUGUUUCUCGAAGCUGUCAUUUUGCAACUAACAAGCAUGCUUCUGGUGGGAAUCAUACUUCUAGCAAUGCUACUUGGAAUGGGAACUACUCUUACUCUGAGACAACAAAUCUGAUGAAGAAGAACCAGAGUAACACAGCUCUUAUGUCAAGGAAGUCUACGCAACCUGAUGAUACAAAGCUUCUGAAUGACGAGGAUGCUUGCUCUGUUACUUCUACAACUAUAGCAUCUCUGAGAACAUCAAAAGGCAGGCUUACAGUGGCUUCUGCCCCUGUUUUCAAAUGCACUGAACGUGCAGAGAAGCGCAAGGAGUUUUAUCUAAAGUUGGAAGAGAAGCACCAAGCUUUGGAGGCUAAAAGAAGCCAAUGUGAAGCUAGGUCAAAGGAAGAACAAGAGGCAGCUAUUAAGCAACUGAGGAAGAGCUUGACAUUCAAAGCUACACCUAUGCCAAGUUUCUACCAUGAGGGGCCUCCUCCGCAGACUGAACUGAAAAAGCUGCCCACAACUCGUCCGAAAUCACCAAAGCUUGGUCGAAAAAAGAGCUGUCCUGAUGCAACUAAUCCAACCCAACAAAAUAAUGAUCCUUUUAAAGAUCAAGGGAGCCGUAGAUCUGCUUCAGCUAAGGAGAAUGUGAAGACCCUAAUUCAAAAGGUGUCUGUUGAGAGGAUAGUCAAUAUCGCAGUGCAAUCGUGAUUGAUAUUUGUGAUUUUAAUUUAUAUUUUCAUGGCUUGCAGCAUUGACAUGAUUUAUAUGUUGAAUAAAUUAUACUACCGUUGCCAAAAAAUGUUUUGCUUCGGUUUGUGUGACGGAUGAUGUUGUACAUGUUGUAAGUUAUAAAGAGGGUGGUGUGAUUAAACGUGAAAUAUCUUUCUUAUUUAUAUAAAUGCGGACAAAAUUUUCAGAUUUGCUUGC